UGCGAACGGCAUCCAACUCCCCAUCUUCACUCUUCCUUUUUCUAUCUAAAGAAAAGAGAGAGAGAGAGAGGAGUGAGAACAAACAGUACUCCCUGCCAAACUCCCCCAUGGCUUCCACUGUCUUCACCCCCUCCUUCCAUGGCCUCCGACCCCUCAAGCCGACCGACUCCUGCAAGCUGCCCCAGACGCGGGCCGUCGCCGUCAAGCCUUCCCGCUGCGCCCGCAAACCCGGUUCGAUCCGGUCGGAGCUGAACCCGUCGCUGGUCAUCAGCCUCAGCACCGGCCUCUCCCUCUUCCUGGGCAGGUUCGUCUUCUUCAACUUCCAGCGCGAGAACGUGGCGAAGCAGGGCCUGCCGGAGCAGAACGGCGUGACGCACUUCGAGGCGGGCGACAACCGGGCGAAGGAGUUCUCCGCGCUGCUCAAGUCCAACGAUCCGGUGGGGUUCAACAUCGUGGACGUGCUUGCUUGGGGAUCCAUCGGCCACAUCGUCGCCUACUACAUCCUUGCCACCUCCAGCAAUGGAUACGAUCCCAAUUUCUUUGGUUGAACCUUCUUCCCAUAUAUAUAUAUAUACCUACGUCUUGUUGUUGUCGGGAUCAUAUAUACAUAUACAUGUAUAUGUAUAUAGGGAUGUGAUGACGGUGUGUUUAUCAUUGUGGGGUGCUACUGCUUCUCUUUAUCCAAUGCAAAAAAAUUG